AUGGCCGGCGGAGGGGGCUUCAGCCUGGCCUUGGCUCUGCUCUGCCUGCCUUUGCUGGGCUUCCAGGAGGCCCACGCCGAGCCCGAGCUGCGCUUCAAGGCUUCUUCUCCCCGGCAGAGGCCCGUCCGGCUCUUCACCGAGGAGGAGCUGGGCAGGUACGACGGGAGGCAGGAAGACGAGCCUAUUUACAUAGCUGUGAAGGGUGUGGUGUUUGAUGUCACUUCUGGCAAAGAAUUUUAUGGGAAAGGAGCACCAUACAAUGCACUGGUUGGUAAGGAUUCGACACGUGGAAUUGCAAAGAUGUCUCUCAAUCCUGAGGAUCUCACCCAUGAUACAGCGGGGCUGACAGAAGAAGAGUUGAAAUCUCUGGACGAGACCUUCAAUAAUGUCUACAAAGCCAAGUAUCCUAUUGUUGGCUACACGGCUGGAAGGAUUCUCAAUAAGGACGGCAGCCCCAACCCAAACUUCAAACCUGAAGAUCAGCCACAUUUCACCAUUAAGGAUGAGUUUUGACCAGUGACUCUGCGGGUAUCUGCUUGAUAUUUUGAUUUAAAAGACCAAAAUUAGCUGAAUCAAAUGUUCUAGGCAUAGCUUGAAUGCAGACUUGGGAGCUGUAGUCCAGGGUUUCCAAACCUUUGUUCUAGUAAAGAUACAUGGACUUUAUUGAGGUGAGAAUACAGUGCUUCAUACCAGUGCCUUCCUAUCUGCUAAUUAAAUCAAAGGCCUUAAGGAAAGAUCAGUAAUCAGUGGCUAACUAAGGUUUCUGAUGCAUCAGCUGUGGUUCAGUGAAGAGACACUUUAUUUUCAAAUUGCCAAAACAUAAGAGACACUUAUCAAAACAUUUAUUUGUUCAGACUAAAAAUGUUUCACGUAUAUAAGACUCAUACAUUAAUUGUACCCAGCAUCAUAAAUCACACUGAUCUUCUGAUUUCCAGUGAAAUGAAAGGCUUUUUAUUCCUUUCCCACCACUUAGGGGCCAUUAACCUUUUAUUGAAUUAUUAUUGUAUUAUUUUAUUGUAUUAUUAAUUAUUAUUGUAAUUAUAUCCCAAUAACAGUUUUAUGGCUCCUACCAUUUGGCUCUUCACAUCCACUACCCACACAUGUCCCCAUUUGUCCCUUCAGUGACAUGAACACAAGGACUUGUAGUUCUUGUGGUCAUGACACUGACAUGGAUAUUCACAUUUCUGUUUUACUUCCCCUAUCAUCCCGGCAUAGGGAUGUGUAGGCACACAUGUACAGACUACUGCAUGUCUGUGCACACUUUAUGCACACUGAGAACAUGGGCUGGUAUUCAUCCUGAAAAGUGAGUACUGUUAACAAAUGUAGCAGGGCAAAGUGCUCCCAUUUUAGGGUUUUCCAUUGCAUUAUUCUUUCUGCUACUAUUUUGUGCCUGCUGAUGAUACCGCUCAGUUGUCAUUGAACUAAUGCUGUAUUUUUUCAAUUCUAAGACACACACUGAUUUCAGUACCACUAACAGAAAAAAAGCUUUAUUUAUAUAUAAAAAGCAUCACCCACAAUUCUAAGAUUUACCCUAUUUUUAGAGAUGUAUAUAUGGGGGAAAUGCAUCUUAGAAUCGAAGAAAUAAUAGUUUUUUUGUGGGAAGAGUGUUAUUGGCCCUGUUCCCCCCCUGCCCCCCUUUUUACUAAUCUUCAUGUUUCCCAAUCUAUGGAGGGAAUAUCCCUUGAAGGAAAGAGAUGGUGUUGUUCUUAGCUGCAUGGAAAAUGGGUUUGCUGUUAGUGUGAUCUAAAACUCCAUGGAUAGAUGCUACUUGAGGCCUUCUGUCAAUGGUGGGGCCAUCAAAUGGCAGCCACUCUUAUCCCUCUCCUUUAGCUGGGUACAGUUAUAAAGUCUAUGCAGGAUUCAGUACCUGGGCUGGUCUUAUUAGCUGGGGGAUUCUGGGAAAUGUAGUAAGGCAAUUUUGGCUUGAGUUUACAGAGAUAAGGUGUCAUUUGCUUACCAGCACUCUUCUGUAUUCAUAACUUGCACUGGGUUUGCUGUAAUCUUCUGUACACUAUUAUUAUGCUUAUUUAUACCCACUUUUUCUCUCCAUAAGGAGACUCAAAGUGGUUUCAUUACAGUUUAAAAUCUACAAAUAUACAAACUUUAAAACAUAAUUAAAUAUCAUUUGUAUUUAAAAAUCCAGUUAAAAUGCAUAAAAACAUAUUCAAAACAUGUGGUGCAGAUAUGUGAUAGACCACUUACAUAUGACUUGCGGAGGCUGAUUAAUCACUGGUGGUCCUCCACAUUUGUAUGUUUCAUCUUUGCUUAUUUGAUUAUUCCUGGAUUUGAUUAAUUUGACCUAUUUGGGAAUUACUGUAACCUCCAGCAUGACUUUAUGGUCAACUUCUACCAGGUUCACAAUGGAAGAUCUAGAGUGAAUACUUCUGUAGGCAUUUGUAGAUCUUCCAGCACAAACUUUUGGUCAAUUUCUUGCAGAAGUUGACCAUUGCGUUGCACUGGAGGACCUAGAAAGCAGGGUUGCUUACCAGUAACCAGGUUUCUUUGAGUGGUCAUCUGUGGAAUCCACACAUAUGGUAUUUAUUACACAGCUUUCGGAACACUCUCAGCUGUGAAGCUUUGGCUAUAACCCCGCCCAGCCUCCCAUCAGAUAUAUAAGCCCCGGGUGGGGAUGUUGCCACAGUUUCUGGCCAGUGGCAGCAGCGGACAAUAAAGCAGCAUGACAAUCAGCGGGGAGGAUGGACGGGGAUGUGCAGAUUCCACAGAUGACCACUCAAAGAAACCUGGUUACAAGUAAGCAACCCUGCUUUCUCCUUCGUGGUAUCUGUGGAAUCUGCAAAUAUGGUAGUCUAACAAACUACUCACCAUGGCCGUUGGGCGUCAUGCCACUGCCGAAAACAGGACUGCUCUGCCAAAAGCUGCAUGCUGCUUGGAUUGGAGGUCCAUCUUGUAGUGUGUGACAAACGUCAGCGGUGUGGCCCAUAUGGCUGCCUGACAGACAUCUUCUAAUGCCACUACAUGGUGGUAAGCUGUUGAUGUGGCCAUUGUUCUUGUAGAAUGGCCCUUUACAUGGAAUGGAGGCUUUUUGCCAUCCAACUGAUAGGCUAGCUUUAUUGUAGCAAUUACCCAUGCUGACAGUCUCUGAGAAGAGAUAGGCAGUCCCUGAGUGAAAGUGUGAUAAUGAAGGAAGAUUCUAGGUGACUUCCUAAAGUCUUUAGUCCUAUUGAGGUAGAAUGAUAACACUCUACGGACAUCUAGGUGGUGAAGGGAAUGCUCUAGAGGUGUUAUCGGAACCUGAAAGAAAGCUGGUAAGACUAUAUCUUGUGUAUUGUGAAAAGAUUAAUCAACCUUUGGGAGAAAGGAGAUAUCAGUCUGCAUUACCACUUUAUGUGCAUGAAAGCGCAUAUAAGGGGUAUCGGCAUGUAGAGCACAAAGCUCACUAGCCCUCCGUGCAGACGUAAUGGCCAUGAAGAAGACCGUAUUCCAUGAGAUGGCAGAGUGUUACCGUGGCCAGCGGCUCAAAUAGUGGUUUUGUAAGCGCAGACAGCACAAGCUGGAGAUUCCAAGAAGAUGUCGGUAGCGCUCUGGGUGGCUUGAUGUUUUUAUAUCCCAGUAGGAAAAGUUGCACCAUGGGGUCUUGGAAUACCGAAGGAAGGCCUUUUUUUCCUAUAUGCUGAAAUGGCCACCAAAUAACAUUUCAAAGAAGACAGUGCCAAGCCUUUAUCUGUUAGAGAAGCAAGGAAAUUAGCAGCACUGCUGUGGGUGCUGUGAGCGGGUCCAACUGAUGCUGCUUUACAAAGGCCACAAACCUUUCCUACUUGCAUUGAUAUGAACACUUUUUGGAUGGUCGAUGGGCUGCUGCUAGUAUUGUCUGGACGGUGCGGGAGAACAGUGCGGGUGAAUGCGCCACACUGAAUUGUAACCAUUAUAUGUCUGGAUGCUGAACUUGCCCAUGUUCUAUGGUGAGAAGAUCGGGUUGCUGAGGAAGACGGUGGUAGUUGUCCGCCAGUUCCUCAAGCAUUGGGAACCACGGCUGCCGGGGCCAUCACGGUGCUAUGAGAAUCCAGUCGGCAUUGUCCUGGUAGAUUUUGGAGACCACCCUGGUUAGCAGUGGUAUCGGAGGAAAGGCAUAUAGUAGCCGGCCUUCCCAUUUGUAGAGGAAGGCAUCCCUGAGACUCCUACUCCCAGGGCUCUGGCGUGACUGAGUACAAUAGUGGUGGCACUUGGAGUUGUCUGCUGAUGCAAAGAGGUCUAUGAGUGGCUGACCCCAUUCCCCGAAGAGGACUUCUGCUUCUGCUUGCUGCAGUGACCACUCGUGACUGCUGACAGGUACCCUACUCAGUUGGUCAGCCAAGGUGUUGUCCUGUCCCGGGACAUUAAUUGCUAAGAGGUGGAUGGAAUACCGAUUACCAAAGCUGGAUGGUCAGUUGAAGCAGUGACUGGAACCGUGUAUCCCCGUUUGUUGACGUACCAUGGUAUGGCAGUAUUGUCUGUCCAUACCUGUACUGUGUGGUUGGACAGAACAUCCCUGAAUGCCUGAAGACACUUGAAGAGGGCUAGAAGUUCUAGGAAGUUGAUGGGAGGCAUCUGUCAUUAUUGUUCUGGAAGGUCCACGAGGAUGGAAAGGCAUGCCACUGCAUACGUUUUCUUGAAGCAUCCACCAGCAGAGGGACCGUCUGACCCGUGAAGGUAAGUGCAGCAGAGUUUGUGGUGCAUCGUGGAGGGGGUUGAAAACUUGCAGAAACCACGUCUGCAGAGGGCGCAUCCUGAGACAUGUGUAUACUGUAACUGCUGUCGUGGACGCCAUGUACCCCAACAGGGACUGGACGUGUUUGGCCUGUAUGCUUGGCGAAUGAAGAGCAUCAUUGAGUGCUUCUCGAAGGGCUUGAAAAUAAUUUUCCGGUAACUAAGCCCUGCGGCUCAGAGAAUUGAGGCAUGCCUCAAUAAACUGAAUGCACUGUUGUGGUUGAAGGUGGGACAUGUCUCCAUUGACCACCAAGUGCAGGUCCUGGAGAAGGGAAAGGGUAAACUGAAUGUCAUGCAGUUUACCCAUGCCACAAGCAGCCAGUCGUCUAUGUACCGGAAUACUGUGACCCCCUGUACAUGAAGGUUAGGCUGCGAUGACCGCCAUACAUUUCGUGAACACCCAAAGGAGGUGUAUGGCACCAAAAGGAGAAAGGAUGCUGCCCAAUAAUAAAUGACAGAUAUCUGUGAUGACGGGGUGCGAUAGGGAUGUGAAAAUACGCAUUCCGUAAAUGUUUUGUAGCGAACCACGUGCUGUCAGGUAAUAACGGAAGGAUAGUAGACAAGGUCACCAUCCGAAAAGUGUGGGAACAAAUAUAUUGGUUAAACUGCCGUAAGUCCAAUAUAGGACGCUGACUGCCAUCCUUCUUGCGAACUAGGAAAUAUCGUGAAAAAAUGCUUCAGAAAAGAAAUCUGGGUGCAGUGGGACAACCGCUCCUUUAUUCAACAAAAUAUGAAUCUCCUGCCAGAGGACCCCAGAUGGUUGCGUGGCCUUAAUACAACUGUCUUUGGCAGCGUAUAAAACUCAAGAGCAUAACCAUCCUGUAUUAUGCUAAGGACCCACUUAUCUGUGGUAAUCUGGCACCACGCAUGAGAAAACUCAGAUAAUCUUGUUCCAAACUGAAAAUGUAUCCUUGGUAUGGGAUACUCCUGUGUUGCAGUCUGUGCAUAUCAAAUAGAAUCAGAGCAAUUAGGACCCACCACCUUAUGUGCCGUCACCAUGCUGUGGAGAGAAGAAAAACUAGAAAAGGCAUCAGCGUCACUAAACCCGGCGCUUUGCCUUUGGCUGAUAUCGCCUCUUACUCUGCUGGCGGGAGCAAGAUGGUGGGGGUGACCCUUGUGGCGCUGCUGAUGUUGACUGAGGAAAAGACCUAUUACCCAAGGAAUAGGAUCUAUGAGGCUCUGAAGCAGAUGGUGUCCAUCUGCAUCUAGAUGGAUAACUUUGCUGCCGCUGAAAGGCGUACUUGGACACAGUUUGGAGCACCUCCUGAUUAUUUAUUUAUAGUAUUUAUAUUCCUCCCUUCUCACCCCGAAGGGGACUCAGGGCGGAUUACAUUGCACACAUAUAAGGCAAACAUUCAAUGCUAUAACAGAACAGAGACAGACGCAGGCAUGGGCUGGCCUCAAACUCAUGACCUCUUGGUCAGAGUGAUUUGUUGCAGCUGGCUGCUAACCAGCCUGCGCCACUGCCCGGCCUAUGUUUCAGCUUUGUUCUGUGUCAAGAUGAAAGACAUCAUUUUGGGUAGGAAGACUUUCUGCCAACGUUUUGCCUUAAAGAGUAGAGGCCCUCAGUCAUGCAUGAUGGUGGAUUGUUGUAGCUAUUGCCACCAUGUGUGCUGCCACUUCGGCUGUAUCCUUUAAAAUAACCUUUUGUGCUCUUGUUAUAGUAAGAGGUUCUUGCUGGAUGGCUUUCAAGAAAGUUUGAUGCUCCUGUGGAAGGGAUCUGCUAGGAGAUAUGGCACUGCCUGAAAUGCUGUUGUCAUCAGACCCUGCUGCUGUUGCUGGUCUGACAGAAAAAGGUGGUCCUCCAGUGGCUGAUCAGGCUGCGUAACUGGAAGAGUCAGUGCCUUUGAGAGAUGCCCCAUGUGCAGAAAAACUGGAAAAACCAUCUGGCAAUGGUGGUUCAAGUUGAGCGUUUAGGUGCUUGCCCCCUUCUGAUUGUUGCAAAGAGUCUGAAUGCGAAGGAGAAGCCUCUUCCUGAGGAUUUAUAUCAGACACUGGCUCCUGCAACAGCUGUGGAAGGGCCUGCUGAGAAGAGAGCAAAGGUGGCUGAAUCCGACCAUACUCCUGAAUUGGAGCGAAGACAUAGGCACAACUCCCUGAAGAUUGGUGAAUAAAAUCUUGCUGAUUGUAACCCUGCCUUGGUGGGGAAGGGAAGGGUGGCGGGGCAUAUGGCAUAAGAUUCUGAGAAUAGAGUGAUGCCGAAAGAGAAGCUGCCAAAGGGUUUCUAAUAGAGAGCGCUGCGCUCGGAAUCAGAGGCAUGCCCCUUCUCACCUUGCUGCGGUCCUGGGCCUUCUUAGUGGCCAUGCCAUGACUCCAAGCCUCCACUGCCAUGGCAAAGGCAGGAAGGAGGGGUUGGAGAUGGCCUGGUGUGGAGGGGUGGGCUGCUCCCACUCAAGGGAGCAAGGCCACAUUGCCCUCCUGCGCUGGUGUUUGUGGCAGCAGCUCCGGCUGCCUCUCCGGUGUCUGGCCGCGUAGCGUGGGCAUGGCUAGGAGCAGCGCCAGCCCCUGGAUGCCAGCGACUGUGAGUGGGCAUGGCCGCUGUGGGAGCUGCUCUAUGUUUCUUUUUCUUUUGUGCCUCCUCAACAGAGUCCGAUGGCGGCAAGGGCUGCUUUGGGGAUUUUGACUUUCCCCUUUUUGCUGCCGGAGGGGCAGGUGAAGAAAGUGGCAGAGAUAAGGAACAGUGUGGGGUGGGAGGCGCAGAGGCUGCCCUUUGCAAUGCCGAAGGGAGGAGGGCUUGCUCAUAAAGCAGUGCUUUAAGGCGCGUUUCCCUGUUCUUCCUUUCCUGAGGCAUGAAAGCCACACAAACAGGGCAAGCCUUGGUAUCAUGGGCUUCCCCUAAACACAAGAGGCACUUAUGGUGUCCAUCUGAGACAGGGAGCUUCUCCUCACAAGCUGUACAUUUCUUAAACAGAACCAUAUUACCGUUAGCCAAAGCGUAGUCAAAACCCAAUCCGAGGUUAAAACUAUCCAGAAGUCAGAAUCAUCGUUGAACAGUCUGAGUCAAAAGAAUAGGAAAUAUAUGAGAGGUUCCUACAAGGUGGCGGAAGAAAAGGAACUGCAGCUACAUCCCCACCCGGGACUUAUAUGCCUGGUGGGAGGCCGGGCGGGGCUAUAGCCAAAGCUUCACAGCUGAGAGUGUUCCGAAAGUAUUGCUUAGGUGUAAUCAAUACCAUAUGUGCGGAUUCCACAGAUAUGAAGGAGAAAUUCCUAGACACAAUAAUUUUAUAGGCAUUUGUAGGCCCCCAGCAUAAUCCCUUGGUCAGCUUUUGGCACAAGGUGACCAUUGAGUUGCACAGGAGGACCUAGAGAUUCUUAGAGGCAUGAUCUUGCAGGUAAGACAUGACAAAAUCUUUUUAUUUGCGUUUUUCCACCUUGGUGGAGGUCUUGUGCCUUUAAUCCCCACAAAAGUGGGAGGUUUACAUAAAAACACUCAGUGGAUGUAUGGACUCUGAUUUCUUCGGGGUUCCGAUACUUUUAAGUACAUUAAGAUAACUUGGUUGUGACGCCAGGAUUUCCAACUAAGAUUCAAUUACAGUCUUUUGUCAA